AUGACCCAGAACAAUCCGCCCCCGGUAACCCUGGAAACCCGCAGGACCAUCGUAUCCAGACCCAUAGGCAACGAUGCGGUCUUGACCCUCAUCGGCGCCGGCGACAUUAACCGGGGGCCCUGGCCCUUCGUUACCGGCAUACCCAACCUGAACGCCGACCUGGCCGGUCCGCCGGCCCAAUACCUGUCGGUGGCCGCCUGGGCCGCUUGA